AUGUCGGACGACGCAUCCUACACGGCCUUCCUGAACAAAGCCAACGAAGACCCCAAAGCGGGCAGCCACAGCCAGCCCUCGGAAUCGACAUCGCAAACGAAAAGCAAAUUCGACCCGACCAACACCGACAACGACGCCCUGCCCGCCUCCCUCAGAUCCAUCCCCGACAAAAUCACCUACACGUCCGACACCGACUCACCCUUCGAGCCGAUCGUGCUGAACUACUCGAGCGACAAGUCCCCUAGCCCGUCCGAGUUCAAGAAGGCGCUGGGUUCGAAAGCCGAGCAGGCAGAGGUCGAGGAGUUGAGUGUCCAGGACUUCGAUCCCAGAGAGCAAUAUGCGGACAUCAUUGAGAGGGUGAAGAAGGCGGGCGACAAGAACGCCGUGAGGAUCUUCAGAGUCGAACUGGGCAGGACUCGAGUCGAGUAUUACAUUGUUACCGUCGGUGAGAGGAAGCUUGUCGGCGUCUUGACUAAGGCGGUGGAGAGCUGA